AUGGCAGCAGAAGCCAUCGACACGAGCCACUGGAUCUCGUCCGAGCAUGUGAGCUCGUGCAUGCAGCCCGGGUGCGAGACCGAGUUCUCCACCACCCACACGCCCAACCACUGCUACCGAUGCGGCCUGGUCUACUGCCUCUCGCAUGUCGCCCGCAAGCGUACCAUGCGCGACAGGUCAACCGCGUUCAAGGCCGCUCGCACCGCUCGCGCCCGUGAGCGAGUUGUCGAGACCAACAAGCUCCUCCGCCGGCUUGAGAAGCUGGCGCUUGGGCCGCAGGCCGCUGCAGACUCAUCUUUGGCUGUAUCGCGACUCUCAGCCUCGCCAUCGCGUGCAGGCCCGUCGUCGUCGCCGGGCACAUCGUCGGGCGGCGGCGGCUCGUUCUUCUCGCGACUCAAGGCCAAGGCUCUCGGCAACCGCGAGUUUGAGGCGUCUGUGGUCCGCUGGAAGCCGGAGAAAGCCGCGACACAGUGCGGAGCGUGCGAAGCCCCAUUCAGUCUCCUCUCGCGGAAGAUCCACUGCCGACUGUGCGGCAAUGUCUUCUGCUCGAGCUGCACCCAGAACCGCGUACCCUUUGGCAUCCUCCGCGCCACACAUAAGCGCAUUGAGGUGCCCGACGGCGAGGUUCGGACGUGCUCGUCGUGUUUCCAGCUGGCUACUGCUCGCUACCGCCGUGCGCGGCUGGAGAUCAAGAUCGAGGACGCCAGCGCUGUCCCCUCGCCGCUCGCCUACAUGCGCUACUACCACGCCAUGGCUGCCGAGCGCAAGCUCAUCAACAACAUCGUCCCCGAGUACGAGUCGGUCACGGCCGCGCUCGACAAGUACGUUGUGCCUUCGGCUUCUGCAGAAGCCCAGCAGGCCCGUCGCGAGUUUCGAGAACGCCAGGAGGCACGCGCUGUUCAUCUCCAAAAGAUGCUCACCAAGCACUUCCACAAGCUCGAGGCGCUCGGCAAGCGUGUCGCCGCCCUCGACACCGACUCGCCACUCACCGCCAAGGUCCAGCGCAACAUCUACCUCGCCUCGGUUGUCUUUACCCAAGAACUUUUUGCCCAGCGCAAGGCUCUUGCCGAGCUCUCGCGCAAGCGCUGA